CGCCCCCCUUUUGCCCGGCCCCGUCAUUUCUUUUCGUGUUUCAUCUUCCCCGCCCUCGUAGUCAUUGGUUCUGCCUUUUUUUUUUCCUCCAACAGACCGAAAUUAUCAUCAUGUUUCUCCUACUUUUAAGCGCCCAGCAUUUCUUAGCUGUCCGACGUGUCAGGCUCUAUACCGACAAUUCGGCACCGAGCGGGACCGGGAGCCCAAGCGCACCAAACACCGGUUACAAGGAUAGACCAUCGGAGCAGCAGAGAUGUCUCGCGUGCGAAUAUUAGCGCUUCACGGGGUGGGCUGCUCCGCAAACAUCUUGCGCGCCCAGCUCUCCACCUUUAUCCGCGCCGUGGACGAUCACUACGAAAUCGUCUGCAUAGACGGCUUUUUCGAAUGGACCCGUGGACCUGGCAUCGAAAAGAACAACCCGGGUCCAUUCUACACCUAUACGCAAGCCUAUGGCCCAUCAGACAUUCUUAAAUCCCACAAAUAUCUCCGGGAUGUUAUUUCAGAGCAAGGUCCAUUUGACGGCGUCCUCGGCUUUAGUCAGGGCGGCGCAAUGGCACUAUCCUAUCUAUACCAACAACAACAAGACGGAUUGACCCCAGACUUUAAAUUCGCCAUCCUCCUCUCCUCCAUUGUGCCCUUCUCAGCGGACCCCCGCACGCACGAAGAAGCAAUCAAGCAUCUGUGCGAUCCUAUCCAAAACCCAUUGCCCCCUAACCCACAACAACAACAAUUAGCAUCCGAGGUUCGAGACAUUCUGCUACACACAUUUACAACCUCGAGUAAAAUCGGCGCCACCGCGGCCGGCUACGAUAACAAGCACUUUUUCCGACCGGGCGCGGACCCGGCCGACGUGCCGCGCGUGCUGCACCCACGCCUCCUGUUCCUGCCCGGCGGCGGCGGCGACGGCAAGACUGCCGAUACACCCACGCGGAUCGCAAUACCAACGGUGCACGCCCACGGUCGCAUGGACUUUUCCUUCAUGAAGGAGGCGUCCGAGGCGGCGCGAGAACUGUGCGAACCCCGCCUCGCCAGGUGUCUGGUGCACUCGGGGGGUCAUUCUCCGCCGCAGCAGCCAGACGAAGUCGCGGAGCUGGUGCAGGCGGUGCGCUGGGCUGUGAGGCAGUACCGCGAGACUGCCCAUUUGUGA